AUUAGGCACUUUAAUGGAAUAAAGAUCGACCGCCAACUCAUCACGACAUUGGUAGAGAGAUGGCGAAAGGAGACACAUUGCUUCAAUUUUCAUGAAGGCGAGUGCACCAUCACACUUAAGGAUAUUGCCAUCCUAACCGAUUUGCCCAUCGAUGGCUAUGUUAUUUGUGUGGACUCUACUCCACCAGCUAAAGUUGUUGCGAAUAUGAGUGGUUGGGAGCAUUUCAUAUGGAGCGUCACAGGGUUGGUACCGCCAGAAAAGGGAGAUCACGAUAGAGGUGGGCAUUCAGUCGGUUCGGUUUCAACCGAACUGAAAUUAUGA